AUGGUUGCGCAGAAGAGUGUGUCUAACGCUACGUUCAAGAACAAGGAGAAACCGCAGGAGGUUCGCCGUGCGAAUAUCGUUGCUGCGCGUGCGGUUGCGGAUGCGAUCAGGACUUCGCUGGGUCCCAAAGGUAUGGACAAGAUGAUCAAGACCUCUCGCGGUGAGAUCAUUAUCUCGAAUGAUGGGCACACCAUCUUGAAGCAGAUGGCGAUCCUGCACCCGGUGGCCAAGAUGCUGGUGGAUGUCUCUGCGGCGCAGGACUCUGAGGCCGGUGACGGUACCACCUCCGUAGUGAUACUUACGGGUGCGCUGUUGGGUGCCGCGGAUAGACUGCUGAAUAAAGGUAUACACCCUACGAUCAUCGCGGAGUCCUUCCAGAAGGCCGCCAGACGGUCUGUGGAGACUUUGCUGGAGAUUUGUCACCCAGUGUCCCUCGAUGACAGGGAGGACCUGAUUCGUGCCGCUUCUACGUCUCUGAGCUCCAAGAUCGUCUCGCAAUACUCCUCUUUCUUGUCCCCAUUGGCUGUGGACGCAGUGCUAAGCAUCACCGAGAAGGACUCGAAGACCGUGGACUUGAACGAUAUCAGAUUGGUUAAGAAAGUAGGUGGCACGAUUGGCGACACCGAGAUGGUCGAUGGUGUUGUGCUGACCCAAACUGUAGUGAAGACCGCUGGUGGGCCAACUAUGAAGGAGAAGGCCAAGAUCGGUCUUAUCCAAUUCCAAAUAUCGCCACCUAAACCAGACACAGAAAACAACAUUGUGGUCAGCGAUUAUAGACAAAUGGACAAGAUACUGAAAGAAGAAAGAGCAUACCUGCUAAAUAUCUGCAAAAAAAUUAAGAAGGCCAAGUGUAACGUCCUGUUGAUCCAAAAAUCUAUCCUUAGAGACGCUGUCAACGAUUUGGCUUUGCAUUUCUUGGCUAAACUGGGUAUCAUGGUUAUAAAAGACAUUGAAAGAGAAGAAAUAGAGUUCUUGUCAAAGAGUCUGGGAUGCAAACCAAUUUCAGAUGUUGAGCUCUUCACAGAGGACAGAUUGGGUUCUGCCGACCUAGUCGAAGAAAUCGACAGCGACGGAACAAAGAUUGUCAAGUUCUCCGGUGUCAAGGGUGUCAACGCUAAGCCUACAGUCUCUGUUAUCAUUCGUGGUGCCAACUCUAUGAUUCUAGAUGAAACCGAACGUUCCCUACAUGAUGCUUUGUGUGUUAUUCGUUGCUUGGUCAAAGAAAGAGGUUUAAUUGCAGGUGGUGGUGCUCCAGAAAUUGAAAUAUCACGUAGAUUGGAGAGAGAAAGCAGAUCGAUGGAAGGUGUAGAGGCAUAUAUCUGGCAAGAAUUUGCGCAAGCGCUGGAAGUUAUCCCUACAACACUAGCAGAAAAUGCCGGUCUAAAUAGUAUUAAGGUCAUCACUGAACUACGCUCGAGACAUGAAAACGGUGAUGUCAAUGAAGGUAUCUCUGUUAGAAGAUCUGGUACAACCAACACAUAUGAGGAGCACAUUCUACAACCAGUAUUAGUCAGUACCAGUGCUAUCACAUUAGCAUCAGAGUGUGUCAAGUCCAUUCUUCGUAUUGAUGAUAUUACAUUCAGUCGUUAG